AGGCUGGAUCACACAUCAUGAUCCUCAAUGUAUUAUUCUAUCUCUUUUAUAAUAUAAGCAUUUAUGGCACCAUUGCGUGACGCUCCCUUGCAGCUUUUGAGGCAGGUGUUUCAUUGUCAGACGGCCCCUAAGCAGAUGGGAGUUUCUGCUGUUUCUCGGUGUGGGGUGGAAAUAGCCCGUAUCUCCGUCGUCACCGGGCGCCAGCGACCAGGAAGCUUCGUAAGGUAUGGUCCAGUGCUGAUGGCGCACUCUGAGCUCUUAUUGACGCGGGGGCCCCCCGUGGAGCAGGGGCCCGUGGACCUGGGCGUUCUGGGCUUCCUGGACGCGCUGGGGGAGGAGAACAGCACGGCUGAGCGAUGCUACCGCUCCCACUCACGCAGCAGCGUCCUCCAGGGCCUGCCCUUCGGAGGGGUGCCCACGGUGCUCGCCAUCAACGUGGUGCUGUGGAUGUUCCUGUUGCUCAUAUUCUCCUGUCUGAGGAAGGCUGCGUGGGACUACGGCCGCCUCGCUCUGCUGAUGGAGAACGACAGCCUCACAUCCCUGUUUUAUGGAGAACCCAGUGAGAAAGAGAAGUCUCCCUCAGAGUCCAGCCCCUCGGACUCUGAGACCAAGGACAUGGGCUUCUGCUCGUGGCUCUCGUCACUUUACCAUAUGAAGGAUGAGGAGAUCCGCAGCAAAUGUGGCAUGGACGCCGUCACGUACUUGUCCUUCCAGCGCCACAUCAUCCUGCUCAUGAGCGUGGUUUGCCUGCUGUCUUUGGCCGUCAUCCUGCCGGUCAACUUUUCCGGGAACCUGCUAGGAGACAGUCCCGAGAACUUUGGAAGAACAACACUGGCCAACGUGAACGCAAACAACAGCCUUCUGUGGCUCCACUGCGUCUUGGCCCUGGUUUACUUCAUCAUCACGGUGCUGUGCAUGGCUCACCACUCGAUACGGCUCGAGUACAGAGAGGACGACAAGGUCGCCAGGACCCUGAUGAUCACCUCCAUCCCCAGAGAGAUCUCUGACCCUGGACUCAUCACCAAACAUUUCCACGAGGCCUACCCCAGCUGCACCGUCACCGACAUCCGCUUCUGCUUUGACGUCCUCAAGCUGAUGAGGCUGGACGUGGAAAGGCGCAAAGCAAUGAAGGGCAGGCUGUAUUUCGCCUCCAAGGCCCAGAAGGAGGGGAAGGUCACGAUCAGGACUCAUCCGUGCGCGCAGAUCUUCUGCUGCGACAUCUGUGGCUUUGAAAAGGUGGACGCGGAGCAGUACUACAGCGAGCUGGAGGAGAAACGCACCGACGAGUUCACCGCCGAGAAGAACCGCAUCGCCAUGAAGCGCCUGGGCAUCGCCUUCGUCACGUUCCGCGACGAGCGGAUGACCGCUGUGAUCGUGAAGGACUACAGCCGUGUGCACUGCCGCCACAGACCCCAGCAGUCCAGCAUCACCACGGUGGUGCAGUCGCACCGAUGGGGGGUCGGCUACGCACCCGCCCCCAGCGACAUCAUCUGGGAGAACCUGUCCGUGUGUGGAUCUCGCUGGUGGCUCCGCUGUGUCCUGCUCAACAUCCUCCUCUUCCUGCUGCUCUUCUUCCUCACCACUCCCGCCAUCAUCGUCAACACCAUGGAUAAGUUCAACGUCACCAGGCCCGUGGAGAGUCUGCGGAGCCCUGUCAUUACGCAGUUCUUCCCCACGCUGCUGCUGUGGGCAUUCUCGGUGCUGCUGCCCUUCAUCGUCUAUUACUCAGCCUUCUUUGAGUCCCACUGGACCAGAUCUGGUCAGAACCAAGUAACAAUGCACAAGUGCUUCUCUCUGCUGGUCUUCAUGGUCAUCAUCUUGCCCUCGCUCGGUCUGUCCAGCUUAGACCUGUUCUUCACCUGGCUCUUUGAUGUCAACUUCCUGGAUGAGAAGGAUGUGAAAUUCCAGUGCGUCUUUCUCCCGGACAACGGUGCGUUCUUCGUCAACUACGUGAUCACGUCCAGCCUGAUCGGAACGGCCAUGGAGCUGCUGCGGAUCCCGGCGCUGACCGUGUACUCGCUCCGCCUGUGCUUCGCCAAGUCCCAGGCCGAGCGGAUUCAUGUCAAACGGAGUCAGGCCUACGAGUUCCAGUUCGGCCUGGAGUACGCGUGGACCAUGUGCAUCGUUGCCGUCAGCAUGACCUACAGCAUCACGUGUCCCAUCAUCAUGCCCUUCGGUCUGCUCUACGUGAUCCUGAAGCACAUGGUCGACCGGUACAACAUCUACUACGCGUACGUUCCCACCAAACUCAACCAGCGCAUCCACAGAGCGGCCACCAGCCAAGUGAUGGUGGCUCCCAUCCUCUGCAUGUUCUGGCUGCUCUUCUUCUCCGUGCUCAGAUUAGGCCCGCUGCACCCCAUCACCCUGUUCACCCUGGCGUCCCUGCUCUCCUGCGUCGCCUUCUCCCUCCUGCGCGUGUGCCUUCGGAAGCCGCCCAACAGGCCGAUAAGCUACCAGAUGUCUGAUCAACCAGCAGAGGGGACAUUUACAGAUACAGACAGAAGUACUGUCACAUCGAGCACGGCUUCCAACCUGUUCGUGGCGUCCGUGCUGCUGGAGCCAGAGCUGGCGCUGACGCCGAUGCCGUCCCCGGCUCACCACGGCUACGGGGCCAUGUCCAGCGCCCAGGGUCCGAGUCACGGCCCCGCGGAGGAGGAGGAGGGGGAGGGAGAGCACGCCCAGACCCGCGAGACCGAGCUGCAGGACCCCCCCGACGCGUUCUGCUCCAGCCCGCUCAUGGACAGUCCCGUUGGCUACCAGUAGAACCAAAUGCUCCCAGCUGAUGACGCGCGUUCUUCACCCGAGGAACAGGUUGCUAAAUGUCGCGAUGCUGCGUUUUCACCACUGACCUCCAUCGCCAACUUGCUGCCUCAGAACCUUAGACUCAACCGGGCUUGUAGGAAAGGAGCCGAGAAGGAGCAGACUCCACAUAAACAUCACUACAAACGUCAGGCAGGAUGCCAGAACAUCGAUGUCCAUGUACAGAUUAUUUCAGCCAAACCGUGGGAGGAUCCUCGGCGCUCGCGUGGACACGAGUGGAGGUGAAAGUUCCCGUGGGAGUGGGUGUUUGUGAGCAGGCUUCCCCGGCAGACUGACGCCGUGGUGCGCUGCCUCGGAGGGAGCUCGGGGACAUGGAGGGUGAGGGCCAUCUGCAGUGAGAGCGCAGGCAGACGAGGAGUCGGAGGAAGUCGGAGGUGUAAAAUACGUCCACGCCACAGCGGCACGAGCAGCUUGACUCUACCUGAAGCUUCUUCUACUAUAACUACUGUCACUAGGAUUCAUUGAAGGCUGCUAUUUUUGCUACAGUAUUUUUGGUGUCAUUGAUAUCGCGCUUUGGGUUCUGGGAGCGGAUCCAGACGUCCCGUCGGAGGAUUCCCAUCUUAUACUGCUGUGUUUGCUGUUGUUAUUUAUUUCAAAUGAAAGGUUCUUGCGUGCGUCUGCUAAAUAUGAAGCAGCUUUAAGGACAGGAAGCAAAGCGGUGCGUGAACGCGACACCCGGCAGGAAAACGAAACGAGCACACGAGCAGUACGACAUCCAGUUACAACACAGAGUCGAAUGUUCACACCAGAGCCCGUCCAUCCGCUCUUUCGUAGAUUCCAAGUCUAGACCUAAUCCCAUUGAGAGUCAUCGUCAUGUAGCCCACGUCCAGUCCUUGGCGACGUGUUACUGCAGCUCUGGGUGCAAACAGAAGCGUGAGCCUAUUGGGUGGAUUCUGCUGUAAUCAGACCUGAUGUGAUCUCAGUCGGUGUCACUUUCUUUCUGGCAGUGUAGUAUUUUUUUUGUUGUUGCUGUUGUACAAAGUAAAUUGAUUUACCCACAAUGCUUUGUGACAUUCCUGCUGCUGUAAUGGACCAUGACGUUAGCGGCAUCAACCUGCUGUUCCUCUGCAUGUGGCUCCGUUGCAUUAACGAGUUGUGCAUUUCUAUCCGCAUUCUGAAGCUCACACAUGCUACUUGUUGAGUACCAGAGGGCGUGUCUUAUAUGUUUUAUGUUUUUGGGCUCAGUUUAAUUUUUCUUGGUGGGAUGAAACUGAAUGCUAACGCAUUGCUGUUCGUUAUUCCCGUCUCUUGCCGUGCCUUGAAGGAACUCUCCUUGUGUGACAAUCCAGCAUGGCCUGAAAUAUGCUGCAUGGAUGAAACUGAGGAGAAUUAGUCAGUGUAUGGGAGCUGCUUCACAAUGUUAACGUUCAACCCAGCGGCUCAUACGCAACAUAGGAACAAUAAUCUAAUCAUAAUAAUCUGAAUAAUAAUGACUUUAAAAGGCAGAUUAAUCCAACAUACAGGGAACUGUUGGAUUAUUCAACGUGGACGUGACCAAUAAUGAUUUCCGAGAUUGGAUUUCCUCUCUAGAAGGGUUAAAUCUGAUUUGAAUUAUAUAAAAUAAUAUUACUAUGAUAUGACAUUUUAAACCUCAUAUUUAUAAUUUAUAGAAUUGAUAUUCUUGUCCUUAAUAAAAUUAAAUGCCCACUUUCCAGUUCCUCGUGCUAUAAAACGGCCGAGAACUGGCAGCACAGAGGGUCUAAAGUGGUCAACGCAGGGAGAGAAAAGAACAUCAGAGGGAACGUUGAAGUAUGUGGCUCUGAGCUGCCAGCGCCUCCUCUGGGUUUCUCCUCCAGAGGCUUGUUUUACAAGUCAUUAAACGUACUUUCCUUUGAAAAAUACUACAUAAAACUUAUUAGGUUAUUCUUAGCUCUAAUGGCCAGGCAGGAUGGACAGUCCCUCAUGCUUAACUGGGUUUAUUGUAUCCUGUCAUGUCUGUUCUCAUGCUGUGGACUCGGCCGUCCUGUGUCUAUUUGUAGGUGCAUUAGCUUUCCAGAAAUGUCCUUUCCUUUUAUCUCUGGGUUAUAAACUGUGUAUCAUAAGUACAUGAUUUGAGAUUGGAGCCUGCUGUAACUGCGGCUUGUCAUUAUCUCCAUGAAGGUUGAGGGAAAGACAACGUUUCAGACCGAUCUCUGUCAGACUAAUGAGUUUUCAUUGUCAGCUGUCAAACGUCAAGUGCUGUGAUCUGAAAUUAAAAUAAAUGCAGCUCAGUCCA